AUGAGUUCUAAAGUGACACUCCUUUUUUCACUUUGCCUUCUGUUCUAUGCUGGUAAGGCCUUUAAUAUCACAGAACUUCUUAGCCAGAACUCGGAUUUUUGCACCUUCAAUAAUUACCUCACUCAAACUCAAGUAGCUGGUGAGAUCAAUUCACGUCGAAGCAUUACUGUGCUUGUAGUCGAAAAUGAUGCAUUAGUCUCAUUAUCCACGAAACCAAUAGAAUUUGUUGGAAAUAUAUUGAGUAUGCACGUAUUGCUUGAUUACUACGAUGUAGAAAGGUUCCAAACCUUGCCAAGUAAAACAUCUAUAAUCACCACUCUCUUCCAAACCAAUGGAGUUUGUGAAGGUCUAGAAGGGUUCUUGAAUGCAACAGACUUGGGCACAGGUAGUGUUGUGAUAGGGUCAGCUGUUGCAGGUUCAACGGUAACUGCUAAAUUGGUGAAAUCUGUGGCUGAAGAACCAUACAAUAUAUCAGUGCUACAAAUUAGUCGUGUCAUUUUUCCUAAUAGCAUUAAAAGGGGAAGCCAGUCUCCUAGGAAUCCACCUGCGCCUGGAGGCUUAGUGCCACCAGGCACAACCCCGAAUCAGGCACCAUCAUCAGGAUCAAAAAACCCAACACCACCGAGGACAGCCCCUAACAGCCCAUGGCCACCAAGUACAGCGCCUAAGAACUCAAGGUCACCGGGGGCAGCUCCUAGGAACUCAUGGCCUCCAGGCAAUGCUCCCAGGAACACAGGGUCACCGGCUCCCCCUCCUAAGAAUGCACCAGCACCAGGCAAUGCUCCUAGGAACUCAUUGUCACCUGGUACCACUCCUAAGAAUGCACCAGCACCAGGUGGUGGUCCUAGGAACUCACUGUCACCGGGUGCCACUCCUAAGAACGCACCACCACUUAGCAAUGCUCCUAGGAACUCAUGGCCACCAGGUGCCACUCCUGAGAAUGCACCUGCAGCAUCGGGCAAUGCUCCUAAGAACUCAUGGUCACCAGGUAGCACUCCUGAAAAUUCACCAGUGCCAAGCAAUGCUCCUAAGUCUUCCGUGGGAAUGACCCCCAGGCUAAGUUUUGGUGUUGUUAUGAUAAUAGUCAUAUGCGUUUUUCAAACAUCAGUCAUCUGA